AUGACUUGUACGCGUGAAUCGGAUAACCAUGACGAUGGCAGACAAGCAAAACGGCCCCGGUUGCAAACAGGUCGAGGGCGUGCUUCAAAUUCAGGCCGAGGGCGUGGCCGGCGUGUCCGAGUUCCAACCGAUCCUCCGCCAGCAGAAAAUCAAGGAGAGCAUACAAUUCCUAUACAGGCACAAAGUAAUGAUACCGGCAACACCCCAGCACUAGCUAUGCCGGAACCUAUAUCUGUAGACUUAACGCGCUACAAAACUUGGAGAGGAGCGGGAAGUCCACACGACAACAUUUGUUUUGAAUGCUAUCAGCCACUUAAUCUGAUACCCUGCGACACAUGUAAAAGGUCGUACCAUGACUUCUGCAAACCAAAGGAUAGUUUCUUGCGCGAAGAUGAUGCGCAUUCAUGGUAUUGCCCUGUUUGUGUGGAUCGUGGUUGGCAUUUGGCCCCUCCUGCAAUAACACCACCAGCUUCGCCCCGUACGGGGACGCCAAAUACUACUGCAAUUAAUCUUGCGUCCCAUGCUCCAACAAGGGCAAAUAGCGAAGCAGUGCACCAUGAAGACAUGGCAAACAGAGCCCAACGAACCACUGCACCAAGGGAAUUGACUGCACCUUCUGCACCUUCUGCACCACGAAAAUCUCGAUUCAACACCCUGCCUGAGGAAGUAGACUCUGCGUUAUGGGUUGUGUAUCGUGAAUUGGAAAGUGUACCCUUGCUCCGACAGAAUAUAUCCGACCUUCAAUUCCAGCUAUCUUCUCUACGGCAAGAACUGAGUAUACGGCGGAAUGAAUUAGCUUUAACCAAAAGAGUCGUCGAAAAGGGGCGUGCUGCAGAGAUCGAGCUGCAAAAAUAUCGGGAAGAAGCUGUGAACAGACAGGCUAGUACCGAGGAUACUGAGGCUACGAGGGCAAGGAAUCGAGAACUGGAAUCAGAAUUGAAGAAUACACGAAACGAGCUGGAAUAUGCCAACAAGACACUGCAGAGCUGGAAGCAGAAAUUGUCGAAAUUGAUUGAUGAUUAA